AGGAAAACUCGAACUACAAAUCAUAACCUUUAUUGAUUUGCAUUUCUCUCAAUUCUCUUUCCCUCUCUUUUCGCCUCCGGCCCACCACCGCGGCCUCGCCGGUCGGUUGCCGUCCACCGCCACGGUCUCGCGUCUCGCCAUCUCGUCGCCGUGCACCGCCCCAACUUCGCGCUCGAGGUAGCGCUGCUCCCGUUUUCGCCUCGAUUUCGUUUGGAAGCAAAAUAUGGAUGGCAUUCCUUCUUCUCAAGCAUGCUUCAAUGUUUUUUCUUAUCCCCAUGGUCUUCAACAUGGGCAAGGAUUGCUAUCAAAUUCAUCGAUAGCAGACUCACCUGUUACGCUUAUGAUUCGUCACCUUCCCGAAGCCAUUCCCCAAGAGACGCUCUCUAGACUUCUCUCACAUUACGGUGCUUCAACUGUUCGUGCCUGCACUUCAGAGAGAUUGAAGAAUUGUGCAUUUGUGGAUUUCAAAAGUGAAGCACUUGCUUAUCAAGCACAGUGCCAGUUGAAUGGGCUAAGGUUUCUUGGUAGAGUUUUGAAAGUGGAAAGAGCCAGUAAUGAAACCAAGGAUAACAAGAUUCAAGGUAAAGGCGCUUCAUCUGCAAAUGAUAUAACUGCACCUUCCACUGUGACAAAGGAGGCUGGACUGCCUGGGGAUCGUAAUGAAAAUCCAACUUAUGGUUUUGCUACUGCUAAUGAGCCCAUUGCUCCAAAACUUGGUGUAGACUAUCCCUUCCCUCCUCAUCUUGAGUAUGCCUACCCCCCACCUGAUGGAAAUAUCCUCACCAAUAUUGUGAAUGCUCUUAUUGCCGUUCCUCGAUUUUAUACUCAGGUGUUGCACUUGAUGAACAAAAUGAACAUUCCAGCGCCAUUUCGUAUGGCAUUACCCACGCCACCCCUACCACCAUCAGCAGCUGUACCACCUCCACCUCCUCCCCCUCCUAUAACUGCAAAGCCCUUGGUGGCAGACCUAUCCAGUGAAGAGUCCGAGUUUGAGUCUUCAGAAGAGGAGGUUGAUGACAAAGCCCAUUCUCUUGGAUCUUCAAGAGUUAAAUCUGGUAAAAAGCGUGCCAGAAAAGAAGCUAUUGUAGGUCCUGCAAUAGACAAAGAUGUGGCUCAUGAGUCUGUGGGUGUGAAACCUGCCACCUUGGUCCCAAAAGAAAUCCCAAUGAUUAAGAAGAAGAACCCUGUUUUGCAGAUAAAAAUUACUCCAAAACCAAAAGUUUCAGCGGUUGAUGAGCACAAAGAUGACAGCACAGCAAAUGACAUAGAAGAGCCAGAUCAAGAGAAAUUGGAGAAGAAACAAUUUGCAACUCAAGAAGAACUGGAGAGGGGAAGGUUGCCUCCUGAAGAAAUACUAUCUCUUCCAAUGUUCAAGACCUAUGCUCCUGGAAAUCCUGCACCGGUCUUGUACAUAAAGAAUUUGGCCAAAGAUGUUAUUGUGGAUGACUUUUACUUUGUAUUUGGUUCUUUGUUUGGAAGUGCGGAUGAUGCUAAAUCCACUCUGAAUGUAAAGCUAAUGCAGGAAGGAAGAAUGAGGGGCCAAGCUUUUGUGACGUUUCCAUCCAUCGAAGUUGCGCAACGUGCUUUGAAUAUAGUGAAUGGAUAUGUAUUCAAAGGCAAGCCAAUGAUUAUCCAGUUUGGCCGAAACCCUUCUGCAUCUAAAACUAAUUAGAUGGCUCGCUGUCAUGUGAAACAAGCUUGUGUAGUGAUUGCCCAACAAAAUAGGACUAUCAUAUGUCUUCAUCUGACGUCUAAGCAACUAUGAUGGUGGCCGAGACUUUGGCUGAUUACUUAUAAGCAGGAUUUAUUGGGUGGGCAAGGAUCCGCUUUGACCCUAGGAAGAAGGAAUCCGGCGACACCUAUGACCACUAUGUCGUCGUUCAAUGCCUAGCUCCUUCAGCAUGUGCAGAACUUGAAACUACAAAUGAGCUCACUGAGCAGAUAUGCGGAAGGCUGUCCUGAGGGAGGAUUCAAAGUUCGUCAGGGGUUUCAUGCAUUAGCAAACUUGCUCUCACCCGCACGUCGUUCCGUUGAACAUUCUGUUGCAUAUAUAGAACCGGCAAGGAACCCGGUUAGCCAGUACAUCAAUUGUCAAAUGAGAAAUGCGUAUUCCGGACCUAUAAUUGGUAAUUAGUUUGCCAAGGGAAAAAAUUGCGGUUCCUAACAUUGUUCGGCAGGAAUGGGUAGGGGGAGCUGUAUGGCUUGUGACAUCAAUUUUGUAUGGACAUCACUUGUAGUGCUUCACAAUUCCUUGAUUAACCCAAUUAGCAGUUGCUGUUCUUGUUU